CUUUUUACUCUUCUCCUCCCCCAAACCCUAGAACUUGAAGAGAAGGGGCUCCGCGAACUCUCAACUCCCAAGUCAUGUCGGACGAAGAGCAUCAGUUCGAAUCCAAGGCUGACGCCGGAGCCUCCAAAACCUACCCUCAACAAGCCGGCGCCAUCCGCAAGAACGGCUACAUCGUCAUCAAGAACCGUCCCUGCAAGGUUGUUGAGGUUUCUACCUCAAAAACAGGCAAGCAUGGGCAUGCCAAGUGUCACUUUGUGGGCAUUGAUAUAUUCAAUGGCAAGAAGCUCGAAGAUAUUGUCCCAUCAUCACACAAUUGUGAUGUUCCUCAUGUUAACCGCACUGAUUAUCAGCUUAUCGAUAUAUCUGAAGAUGGUUUUGUGAGUCUUUUGACCGAGAACGGUAACACCAAGGAUGAUCUGAGGCUUCCUACUGAUGAAAAUCUGCUGGCUCCGAUUAAAGAUGGGUUUGCCGAAGGGAAAGACCUUGUGGUGACCGUUAUGUCAGCUAUGGGGGAAGAACAGAUCUGUGCCCUCAAGGAUAUUGGCCCCAAGAACUAAACUCUUGGGGUGUUGUACAAUAUCUACCCGCAGCAUGCAUGGGACAAGCCCUCACCUCGAAUGAGAGUUCCAUGGCAGCUCUGUGAUCUUUAAUUAUCAGACGAUAUGAUUGUCUAAACAUCACCUAAUUACUAUGUUGUGUCCUAAUAUCUUUUUGCUUUUAUUUUUGAGGGGGUGGGUUGUUAAAUUAAAUUGCUUUUAUGUCAGUGCUGUUUGUGGUUGUCAAUAGGAUUGAUGAAUGUGAAUUUGAAGGGUGGACAUGAACACAAUAUCAAAUAACAGUUUUACUAGUCCUUCAGAGGGGGCUCUAGUUUGAGACA